AUGUCCUCUCCCUCAGGCGCUCGUCGCCGGCCACAGGCCACCAAAGGUAGUCCUGACGCAAGCCAUUCCGCCCGUUCAAACUCCUCUCCCGACGAACUCGAAGACCAAACAUCCCGCAUCAUCUCACCCCUCGACAUCCUCCGCGUAAUCAUUACUCUCAUCGGCGUCUCCUGCGCCCUUUCGUACUACAUAACAUCCGGCGCCUCCCUCUAUUGGAACUACGAUCCAUGGUUCACGCAGCCGGCGAAAAUUGCCCAGUGGUGGCAAGGUCCCUUACAGUUGACCCCAGAGCAACUCAGUGUAUUUGACGGCUCGGAUCCCAAGAAACCCAUCUACCUGGCCAUCAACGGUAAGAUCUUCGACGUCUCUGCCGGGAGACAUACCUACGGGCCUGGCGGGAGCUACGAAGUGUUUGCAGGACGAGAUGCCACCAGAGCCUUUGUGACGGGUUGUUUUCUCGAAGACCGCACGGGUGAUAUGAGAGGUGCAGAAGAGAUCUAUGUCCCGAUCGAUGACCCAGAUGAGGAUAUCACAAGUGCUCAGAGGAAGAUGAGAGCGGAGCGGGAUCGAAGAAAGGCCAGGGAAAAAGUACAGGCUGAAGUCCAGAAGUGGGAGAGUUUCUACGCUUCCAGUAAGAAGUAUUUCCUUGUUGGUGAAUUGGUGGGGGUGCCGGAGUAUACGGGCCCGCCACCCAAACUGUGUGAGCCGGCGCAGAAAGGGAGGCCGAAGAGGAAGAACAUGAAUCAGAACGAUGCUUCUGACACACCAGGAAAACCUGUACUUUAG